AUGGAUAUACUCAACUUACUUAAUCACCCUAUUCCUUCCCAUAAACCAUACAAGUGUAACUGGCAUGAGUGCGAAAAAAGGUUUUCUAGGAGGUCUGAUUUAUCACGGCAUCGUCGAAUACAUACAGGAGAAAGACCUUUUCAGUGUCAUUGGUUUAAUUGCCACAAACAAUUUAUUCAACGUUCUGCCUUGACGGUUCAUUUAAGAACACAUACAGGCGAAAGACCUCAUUUGUGUGAAGUGCCCUCUUGUAGGAAAGCAUUUAGUGAUUCUUCUUCACUUGCUCGUCAUAGGAGAACACAUACAGGAACACGCCCUUAUGCUUGUGAAUGUGGGAAAUCAUUUACUCGCAAAACAACACUGUUAAGGCAUCGAGAAACACGUCAC